AUUAUUGUCAGAAUUUCACAUUUAUUUAUUUUUUAAUUUUUGUUUGGAGUUUUUCCUUUCUAUUCUAUCUCUUUAAAUUAUAUAUAUAAAAAAGGGUUAGAAUCAUUGAUUAAUUUACUACUGUUUACUUAUUAUAGUCAAUUGAAAUAAUCAAAUAUUCAAAGGUUUUUACUAACGACUUAUUAAUUUUUUGGGCGCUUUUGGCCCUUCUUGGCAGCAAUGUCACGCAUUCGGUGGGCCAGCUCGUGCUGCCUUCAGGUGCCAUCUGGAAUUCAGUGUUAACCAAACCUUCCACUAGGGGCUCUUUAAGCAUGAACGGGGUGAGUUGGUACGCAGACAAUGAAUAGGUUGAGCACUAGGACCCAGCAGCCGCGCGUCAGCUGACCGGAGCAGGCAGCUAUAAUCAACGCAGGGCUGUUUGACCUGAAGCUUUUUUCCCGUCUGGCUCGGGGAGCGGACCUUGUCUGCCGGAACGGGCCCAUGUCUGAAAACCCAGACAGACGCUCACGUUUUAACAGAAAGGAUACCACGAGCGAGUAGGUCGGUCACGACGGAGCAGGUAAAAAAGCCCUUUUUCUGCGCCAGACGUGGUUUUCGGCUCUGACGGGUGUUGGUGGUGGAGGUGGGGGCUUCUCGUUUAUCUGCCGUCGGCUUGCGAGUCCUCUGUUGUGAGCUUAUGUUGUUGCUUUAUCCGCGGCAGCAAGAUGGAGUGCGAGUGGAAGCCAGACGAGCAGGGGCUUCAGCAAAUCCUACAGCUGCUGAAGGAGUCCCAGUCACCCGACACGUCCACGCAGAGAUCCGUCCAGCAGAGACUCGAGCAGCUGAACCAGUAUCCAGACUUUAACAACUAUUUGAUCUUUGUUUUGACCAAAUUAAAAUCUGAAGACGAGCCGACCCGUUCCCUGAGUGGACUGAUUCUGAAGAACAACGUGAAGGCUCACUAUCAGAACUUCCCCAAUGGCGUGUCUGAUUUUAUCAAGAGCGAGUGCCUCCAGAACAUCGGGGACUCCUCCCCCCUCAUCCGGGCCACCGUGGGCAUCCUCAUCACCACCAUUGCCUCCAAAGGAGAGCUGCAGAACUGGCCCGAGCUCCUGCCUAAGCUCUGUCUGCUGCUGGACUCUGAGGACUACAACACAUGCGAGGGAGCAUUCGGGGCGCUGCAGAAGAUCUGCGAGGACUCCGCCGAGAUCCUGGACAGCGACAUGCUGGAUCGGCCUCUUAACAUCAUGAUCCCCAAAUUCUUGCAGUUUUUCAAGCACAACAGCCCGAAAAUUAGGUCUCACGCCAUCGCCUGCGUCAAUCAGUUCAUCAUCAGCAGGACGCAGGCUCUAAUGCUUCACAUUGACCCCUUCAUCGAGAACCUGUUUGCACUGGCGACUGACGAGGAGCCAGAAGUGAGGAAGAACGUUUGCAGAGCCCUCGUCAUGCUGCUGGAGGUCCGGCUGGAUCGCCUUCUGCCUCACAUGCACAACAUCGUCGAGUACAUGCUCCAGAGGACUCAGGACCCAGACGAGAACGUUGCCCUGGAGGCCUGUGAGUUCUGGCUGACGCUGGCGGAGCAGCCCGUGUGUAAAGAAGUGCUGUGCGGUCACCUCUCUCAGCUCAUUCCAGUGCUUGUCAACGGGAUGAAGUACUCGGAGAUUGACAUUAUCUUGCUCAAGGGGGACAUCGAGGAAGACGAGGCGAUUCCAGACAACGAGCAAGACAUCAGACCACGCUUCCACCGCUCCCGCACCGUUGCCCAGCAGCACGAGGGUGAUGGGAUUGAGGAAGACGACGAUGAGGACGAUGAGAUGGAUGAUGAUGAUGAUACUAUUUCGGACUGGAACCUGCGAAAAUGUUCUGCAGCAGCGCUGGACGUGUUGGCCAACGUGUUCAGGGACGAUCUGUUGGUGCACAUUCUUCCUCUGCUCAAAGAACUGCUUUUCCAUCUCGACUGGGUUGUAAAGGAGUCCGGCAUCCUCGUGCUAGGGGCUAUAGCUGAAGGUUGCAUGCAAGGCAUGAUCCAGUACCUACCUGAGCUCAUCCCGCAUCUCAUCCAGUGCCUGUCUGACAAAAAGGCCCUGGUGCGAUCCAUCACCUGCUGGACCCUGAGUCGCUACGCGCACUGGGUGGUCAGCCAGCCCCCGGAUACCUACCUGAAGCCUCUGAUGACCGAGCUGCUGAAGCGCAUACUGGAUAGCAACAAGCGUGUGCAGGAGGCCGCUUGCAGUGCCUUUGCCACUUUGGAGGAGGAGGCUUGCACGGAGCUGGUACCUUACCUGGGAUUCAUCCUGGACACCCUGGUGUUCGCCUUCAGCAAGUACCAGCACAAAAACCUGCUCAUCCUCUACGACGCCAUAGGGACGCUCGCGGAUUCUGUCGGACACCAUCUAAACAAGCCGGAAUACAUCCAGAUGUUGAUGCCGCCGCUGAUACAGAAGUGGAACCAGCUCAAAGAUGAAGACAAAGAUCUUUUCCCCCUGUUAGAAUGUUUAUCCUCCGUCGCCACAGCCCUUCAGAGUGGCUUUCUGCCCUACUGCGAGCCUGUUUACCAGCGAUGCGUCAACCUGGUCCAGAAGACGCUGGCUCAGGCCAUGCUUCAUCAGUCACAACCCGAUCAGUACGAGGCGCCGGACAAAGACUUCAUGAUUGUGGCUCUGGACCUCCUGAGCGGACUGGCUGAGGGCUUGGGCGGCACCAUCGAGCAGCUGGUUGCUCGCAGCAACAUCCUCACGCUCAUGUAUCAGUGCAUGCAGGACAAAAUGCCCGAGGUGCGGCAGAGCUCCUUUGCUCUGCUUGGGGAUCUCACCAAGGCUUGCUUCCAGCAUGUAAAACCCUGCAUCGCUGAUUUUAUGCCCAUACUGGGCACAAAUUUGAACCCAGAGUUAAUAUCCGUGUGCAACAAUGCCACCUGGGCAAUCGGAGAGAUAUCUAUCCAAAUGGGGCCCGAAAUGCAGCCGUACAUCGCCAUGGUGCUGCACCAGCUGGUGGAGAUCAUUAACAGACCCAAUACUCCAAAGACUCUGCUGGAAAACACAGCAAUAACAAUUGGUCGUCUUGGUUACGUUUGUCCUCAAGAGGUGGCACCCAUGCUACAGCAGUUUAUAAGACCCUGGUGCACCUCUCUGCGAAAUAUAAGAGACAAUGAGGAGAAAGACUCUGCGUUCAGAGGAAUUUGUACCAUGAUCAGUGUAAACCCUGGAGGCGUGGUGCAGGACUUUAUAUUCUUCUGUGACGCAGUGGCCUCCUGGGUAAAUCCAAAGGACGAUCUCAGAGAAAUGUUCUACAAGAUCCUUCACGGGUUCAAGAACCAGGUGGGCGAAGAGAACUGGAGGCGCUUCUCAGAUCAGUUCCCGCUGCCCCUGAAGGAACGACUGGCGACCUUUUACGGGGUGUAAAGGUCUGCGCAGCACUGUGCCUCAUCGCGGGGUUAUUCACCAUGGGAGACAAGAUAGGGAACCAUCCCAGGGAACAUGUUACCCUUUACAGGGGGGGAAGGGGUGCAGACCCCUCCCUGGCCUGGAGGAAGGGGUGGGAGGGAGGUGGUAGUAGCUGCAGUUCUCAGUGCCCUUAAGCGCAAGCUGGGGAGGGGGAGAGACUAGCAGUGCAACCUUAUCAUGGGAGGAUCAUUCAUUUAAUCACAUCUCAAUCACAAUUAAUGGAAAUUAUCACCUUUUUUUUUUUUUUUUUUUUUCAAUUGCUCUACAGAUUUCUUGCUUUCAGGACGACUGAAGAGAAAGCUUAGGAAAAACCAACCAGUGUCUGUGAGGUAUUUGUUCAGGACAGACAUACAUUUCUGAAACCGAUGGAAGAAGUCUUAAGAUUUCGGCUGAUUGUUUAAUCGUGAUCCUUUUUAUCUGAUGCUAGGAAAGCAUUUUAUCGGACGUUGCUUUCAGAACGCUGCAUUUAAUCAUCCGAAGUCGGCGGCGACUUCGGGCGCACCCAGGACAGAGGCUCUUGGUAGAGCGGUCGUUCUGGGAUUAGGUAGCAUGCUUAUUAUAUUGUGGAAAGCUGUUGAACAUUAGUGAUGUGUGUUGACAGCUGUCAUUGCCAUUUGAUAAGGCUGUUCUUUGACCGUGUAAUCUAUAUUUAAAGUGCGUUUGGUUUUCCUCCGCCCGAGAAUGGCAGCAGCCGUCCGUAACGUGUAGCAUGACAGGGUUCUCGCGCCGCGCUUUAGGCGGGGGGGGGGGGGGCGUUGAACCUCGGCUGUGACAUGACAUUGGAGUGUGAGUGUGUCUUGUUUCGUUACGUGGCGUGAAUGUAACAGACAUCUUUAUUAGAGAGCAUAUCGAAUCUUUAGCUGCCUAUAUUCACCGUUUUUUUUUUUUUUUACGUUUUUGUUUUUCAUCUUAUCACCUGAAAUGUCCGAAGGAAAACUGAAGUAGAUCACGCAGGUUAGCAACCUGUGUGUCUGUCCUUUUUUUUUUUUUCAAUUAUUUUUACCUCGACGAUACGAUACGCGUCUGUAAGUUUUGUGACUUUUUGCAAUCAGAAGCGCACACCCCAUGAGGUCCGUGUAGAGUAUGUUUGUUUCUCAGUGUAUUGAACCUCUGUUGCUGGUUGUUUUAGCUUCCUGUGUUAAAAGCAUGAUCCUGAGGAUGACUGUGUUCUGUGUUGGGCGGUUGUCACUGUGGGGUACUUGGAUGCUUUCAUCUCUUGCAUGUUGGUGGCCCCUCGCGCAAAAAACACUUGGCGGGACGAGGGUUGCGGGACGGAGGGGAGCUUCGAAUCAAUGGUUUUUUUUUUUUGGUUUUUUUUAAGUGCACAGUAAACAUGUAUGUAUGUAUUGCAACACUGAGACAUGAGCUUGCAUAAAGCAUAAUGGAGUCCUCUCCCUUAACCCUCCCCCCUCCAAUAAGUGGAUGUAGUUUUUAAAAUACUGUGAAGAAUGUUUUUAAUGUGUCUGCUUGUUAUGUGCUUUUUUUUUUUUUUUCAAGUGUCAAACUGUGUAAAGUUACAGCCUGAAUGUAUUCCAUGAUGAGUUGCAGAGAUAGUAACUUUUUAUUUUUUUUUUAUUUUUCUUUCUUUCAAACACCCAGCCAGGCAUUUUUUCCUCUGCUGGCCAGAGUAAUAACUGCAGUAUUUAAUUCUUUGUAAAAGCGCACAUAAACUAAAAAUGUACUAAAAAGUGCUUGAAUGAAUGAACGAUGUAGCCAAAACCCUCGUGAUGAUUAGCUAUCGCUGCUAAAACGUUUUCACCCAACGCAAUAAGCAACGUGAUGCAAUUGGACUGUAAACGUAGCUUUACAGUUAUGAGAAUAUUUCCAGCACCUUUCAAAAGUAUUCAUGCAGCUUGAACCUUUUUUUUCUUUUUCCGUUUUGGCACAUUGUGCGAUAGACACACCGGGCGGCACGUAGCAGUGAAGUGCAUUCAGCCCCCCGAGUCGGACCAGCUUUCACUGCAGUUACAGCUGCAGGUCUUUUUGCCGUACGCCUCUGUCAGCUUUGCACAUUUUUUUUUUGCCCGUUUUUCUCGUGCCAAUGAGGUCAAGCUCGCUCAGCUCAAAUGGAGAACUUCAUCUCUGAGCAGUGAUUUCUCAAGUCUUGUAAAAAAAAAAAAAAAAAAAAAAAAAAAAUCCCAAAAAUUCUUAAUUGGAUUUAACUGUGGACUUUGGACGGGCCGUUCUGUUACACGAACCAGCUGAGAACUAAUCCAUGUGGCUGCAGCUCUGCUUGUACGUUUAGCUUGUCCUGCUGGUAGGUUGACCUCUGCUCACAGUCUCCAGUCUGUCUGCGCUGGCCUCUGUUUCAGCUCCAUCCAUCUUCCCAUCAGUUCUGACCAGCUUCGCCACAGGCUGAUGGUGCCGCCGACUUGUCACACAACGAGGAUGGUCUUUUCUUGCGAUUGUGCGGUGUUCGGAUUCUACUGCAUAUGGCUUUUUUUUUUUAUACCAGCCCAAAGGUUUAAAUUUCAUCCUUUUUCCACCAGAGUGCCUAAGGUUAUUCUGUCAACAGAAUCUCCCACCUGAGCUGUGGAUCUCUGUAGCUCCUCCAGAGCUACCACGGGCCUCCUGGCCGCUUCUCUGGUUAAUUCUCUCUUUCCCUUCCACUUCAGAGCUACGUGCUGCUUCGUGUUGCUCUAACAAACGGGGUUCCAGUGAAACACGGUGAAGCGUGUGAUUGUAGCGUGACAAACUGUCUAAAAAGGGAGCACUUUUGAAAGGGACUGGAACUGGUUUUCUUGUAGGUAACAUUUGACAAGUAAAAAUGCAGGAUGUAAAACAUCAUGGAAUACAGAGGCGAAUGUGUUUUUCUGAUUUUUUUUUUUUUUUUUUUUUUGUUGUUGAAGUGUUUUUCGUCCAGCACAUUCCAGCUGUUUGGGAUAACACAGAAAUGGCGUGAUCACAGCUAGAUGGGGUGUGUUCAGUCCUCCGUAUUCUUUCACUGACAGAUUGUACGUCUAAAUAAAAAAAAAACGACACAAAAGAAAAAAAAAAAAACCCACACACAAAUGAAUGCCCGUUGUUACUGUGCUGUCCUUCUGACUUGACCGCUGCUAAACAUUGUAGUUGCCACUUGAAUAUGUCUUUUCUAAGUGUAAACCUCAGGUUGCUUUUGUUCCAGUGUUUUUUUCUUUUUUGUUUUUUGUUCGUUUUGUUGAAAUAAUUUCCUUAACGUGUACACCUUGUAUGGAGCCCCCUUAAAUGUCCGGAAGAAAUAUAAAAAGCUGGAUCUUCAUGUAACAAAUGGAUUACCAUAGAUUUGAGCUGAUGUGUUCCCUGCAGCACUGUGAGCUGUCAAACCUAGAGGUUAAAAACAAAAACCCAACAAAAACAAACAUUUCAGCAAUGGUAACUUGCACAUGUUUCAUCUCCUUUUUGCCUAAAGUGAUUGUGAUUGAACUUAAAGCGUAUAGUGAAAAUCUCUACACAAUGCCAUAAGAGCAAACAUUUGAGAUGUUGUUGAUUUGCAUUAGUCGUUCAGUAUACUGUGUUGAAACGAAACCAGGGAGUUUAACACAACGAGAAGAAAAGUUUGCAAGUCCGAGUUCGACUUUCUACAGAGCUUUAUCAAACGACUGCAUUUUCUAAAGCACCUACCAGUAGUUAGCGACGACUGUGCAAAGAGCUCCUGUAUUCUGUAAUUCAAUUAGCCUUUAAACUUCAAUAGUUAAUCUGCCUUCACCUUUUUUGCUAAGAGAAGCAAAAACAUCAUUUUGAUAGACUUGGUUUCAUUUUUUUUAUGAGCUGCUGAAUAAAAAAAAAAAAAAAUAAGUAAUACUUUUGGGGCCACCAAAUAUUUUGGAUCAUGCAAAGACUCUAUAUUGUACUGUAGUAAUUUUGUAAUAUUUGUAAGAUGAUUUAGUGGGCGUGACUGAUUACCAUUGCUUGAAUCUGUACAUUGUUCCAAUAAAUUGUUUACAUUA